UAAACCUCUCUUCAAGCCCUUGAUUCUGGUCGGCAUACAAUUCACCUUCAUCGACUUUGAUCAACUCUUAUCUAUGGCAUCGCAGUUUUAAGAGCAAAAAGACAGAGUUUGUUUGCAUGCGCAUGCAUACAUUCGUGUAUUCCGCUUAAUUUUGACUUUGGCCAAAAGGGGUGUCGGUCUUGGUAUUCCAUCAUUCUACAAGCUUUUAGAACGAUCAUCGCAUUUCAAUCAAAUGAUGCAAAAGAUUACGGAUUCCGAGUUUCAACGCGAGGUUGAAGCGCUGAAAUCUCAUCGUCGGAUUUCAGUCAAUCGACCGAUUCAUGAUCCAGAUUUGCCAGAAUUAACUGCUGCUAAUCGUUCAACUCAUGACUCUGACUAUUCCCUUCAUUCUGCCAAUUCGAGUGGAUCACUGCAUUCUUCCUCUAAUUCACGCGAUUGGACAUCAGAUGGUGGUGUGAUGCUACGUGAUGACGGCCCUUCGUCAUUGACUGGAUCUUUGGCAAGGAGGUCAAGCUCUAAUCCUCGGUCAUUAUUCACUGCAAGGAGAAGAGGGGCGGCAGCAGAGGAGGGGCAAGUUCCUACGAGAGACAAUCAAUCAAACGUGAAUGCAUCUACAGAUGAUGUCCCUCUAACUGAACCGCUCGACCCGAGUCAUCUGUUUUGGGUGCCGGCGUCUAUGCACCCAGAGAUCUCCCCUUCGGAUUUCCGCAGAUUUCUUCACGAUCACGCCUCUCGUGCUGUACGAGAACAACAGGAAGGCGGUAAACUAUCCGUCGACGAGCAAAGCAACCUCAGCAAAGAUCAGCAAACGCCUUAUCCAUCCAGUCUACCAUCGAAUGCUUCGCCAGUAUCCUCAGUAGAAGCGUUGAAAAAGCGAAGCACUUCGAUUGCACGCAGAGGCAGUACUCUAAGAAGACAGUAUAGACCGGAAAUGGACGAUGGAAUUGAUUCUUCAUCUACAUCGAACGUCGAACGUAACAAGAGAACACUAUCACAACGUCAAAGCUAUCAAUCCAACGUUCCUGAAUUAUCUAUAGAUGAUCUGCAAAAGCUGGAAAGACUUGCUGAAGAGGCUAGUAGAAGUAGUGAUCCAUCCGAACUACGGAGUGUACUAAGACGAACCAUGAGUCUCAACGUUGCACCAUCUGCUUUGGAUCAAGUUGAUGCAGUUCCACCGGAGAACGAACAAGAUUCACCUUUGAUUGUUCCACGACCUGGUCAAAUUUUACGUAGAGCAGCAAGAACAAAGAUUCGCAAAUCAUCCUUUUCAAACGAAGGGGCAAAUGCUGGCAGUAGAAGAAGACGUGGACCGGGUAGUCAAUCCGUGCAAGAGCCUCUUUCGGAUCGCGAAGGCAGCACGAAUACUGCUGGUGUUACCGAAGAAGGAAGCAAACGUGAAAGUGAUAUAUCAGAACCGUCUGAUGAGAGUGCGAAUCCAUCUUUCAAAGCACGCUCAGAAGGAGUCACUGAUAGCAUUCUGGAUGUCUAUUCACGCGAUUCAUUCUUGUCAGACGAUACACAACGUACAAGUGUAACCUCAUUGGCAGAAAGUAUCGGUAGCGGACAAUCUUCCAACGAGAGAUUGGCCAUUUCAGACGCGAAUGAUGACCCUACCACACCCACGCAAUCACACAUGACCGAUGGGUUUGUACAAGCCCAGACAGAGACGUUCAACAAUGGUUACUUUGGCAAUGACCAGGGACAAAGACCUGCACUCUCACGAGAACCUUCCAACGAGACCUCAACGAAUGACAGAUCAGCAAUUAAGCCAAUCGCCGUUCAGCAUGUUUCCCCGGUGCCCGCAUUUGAGAAAACACGUAGUGCGCCUUUACCACCUUCUACCUCGUCAUUGCAACAGCAGAAAGCGAAAGAUCAAAUCAUUGAAUCCAAUCAAGCCCAAUCAGGAACGCCAGCUUCCUAUCAACAGCCACCUCUCAAUCAAAAGCUUGUGAAAUCAGAUACGAUGCCAAUUCUCGGCAGCAUGCAAAGCGCUCCUCCGAUUGGCAAGCCUACGAAAGAGAAAAAGAGCAGUUUUGGUUUACAUUGGCUAUCAAAUUGGACAAAGGAUGAUGAUGGUGAAAAGAUGAGUAAGAAAGAGAAGAAAGAACGAAAGGAGCGGGGAAGAGAGCGUGAAGCACAAGAAAAUGCUACAAUGACGCAUCCAAGCCAGCAAACAUCCAAUCAUCAUGAGAAAGAUGGCUCUACAUCUUCAAGCUUUUUGGGAAACCUAUUCGGAAAGAAGAAGGGACACGAAGAUUCAAGUAAGAAUGAAUAUGGCAGUCACAUGUACAAUGCUGCAAGUGGGAUGCAUAAUCCCUCGACUGGCAGCUUGUUGGAUAUGUACGGGAAGCCGAUGAUGGAACAAGGCUAUUAUACCAGAUAUCCUAUUCACAUUGAGCGAGCCGUUUAUCGAUUGAGUCACAUCAAAUUGGCAAAUCCGCGAAGGCCAUUGUACGAGCAAGUUUUGAUCAGUAAUCUUAUGUUCUGGUACCUGAGCGUGAUCAAUCGAACUCAGCAGCAACAACAACAAUUGCAACAGCAACAGCAGCAACAGACUCUUUCGCGAGCUGAGCAACAAGGGCCAGAAGAUGACAUGUCGCAGAGGGCGAAUACAGGAGGUGGAGAUUUGUACUCCACACCUGAAGAGAAUGAGUCUAGACUACCGGAAGCAGAAUCGAGAUUGGAGCUGGACAACAACACGUCCCACAUUACUGUCGGUGAUCAGAUACAACCGGAUCAUCUGAAGCGAGAGGCCAAAGAUUCACCGGCAAUCUCUCUUCCGCUAGAUCUUAGCACGCUAAAUCUCGAUGAUGCAGAAGGACGGCAAAACUCGACCGCAAGGACGAACAGUAUUGUCAAAGAACUAUUUGGCAGCACAAAGAAUUCCAGUAGCCAUCAAGAGGAUAAUGGCGUUUAUGGAGGAGAGUCUGAUUCGUAUCACAGCGGCAAUCAAAGUCUGCCCAAUAGCAGUAGUUUGAAUGGAAACGGGAAAGGAGGACUUAUUAGCGGUAAAGGUCGAACAUCUGGGCAGCCAAAUGCCAGCGUAAAUACACAAAAGGGUUCCUCUAUACCGAACACGAACCCAAACUCAAAAACCAAAAGGGGAGGAUUGGUGAAGCCAAACAGAGCGCCUCCAGGAACACGCUCAGCUGAGAGAGCAAUUCCUGCAGCAGCUUAUGGUGCUCAACACCGUCAAAUUUCAUCUGAGAUGCUGGUAGCUAGUGCCUCGAACAAGGACAUUUCCAGUACAGGUCAAUCAUCCUCAUCGAAUAGAUAUUCGUCCAACGAACGAUUCGAUCGUCAAAGUCCACCUUCUGGGCCUGUUCGUUUGGGCGGAGGAGGAAGAAGUGUGAGCAGCGGUCAUUCUAGCGUACGUGAUAAUGAAUAUGCUUGGAUGGGAGGCAGCAGCGGAGGAGGAGAGGCAGGUAUGGGAAAUGAGAUGGAUUCGCCAGGACUCAAUCAAGAGGAUCGUAAAAGUGAUCCAAUGAGCGAUCAUUCACAAAGACAAAUGCAUUUGUCUUCGGAAUCUGAUUCGUUCGGCGGAGGCAGAAAGUUGGGCAAUCGUCUUAGCGAGCCUGCAAGAGGCGGGGAUCAUGGAUCAUAUUUUGACAACAAUCAACAGGAAAGAGAUCAUCUUUACUCCAAUCGUGAUCAAGACCUUCUCCUUAGCAAUGGCGUUGCAACGGGAAGAGAAGCCAGUGCGAUGUUGGACGCAGCGCGGUUGAGUCAGUCAAGGAGGCGGUAGGCAGAUGUUUAGGUCGAAUAAUCACCUGCAGCAGGAGGUGUACAUUUUUCUUCAUACGUUUUCUUUUCAGUAUAUCCAUUAUUUAGCAUGUUCAUCAUCAACAACCUCAUUUGUAAACACC